UGUUGUGGAAAUGGGUGCAUGCCUGACUUUGGAACGGGAUGAGAUUAACGCUCGUCGAAGGAGCGAGGAGAUCGACAAGCAGCUGGAGGAGCACGCCAAAGAGCAGAACAAUGUCAUCAAGAUACUACUCCUGGGUGCUGGGGAGAGUGGCAAAAGCACGCUGGUCAAACAAAUGAAGAUCAUCCAUGCUGAUGGCUUCACACAUGCUGAACUCAGUAGCUUCAGACCUACUGUUUUGGACAAUUUACUAGCAUCUAUGAAGUAUGUGCUGGCAGGCAUGGGCAUUCUUCGUAUAAAUCUCGAGCUUGCCAGGAAUAAAAGGCAUGCUCAGGUUAUUUUGCAAAGCAGAAGCUGCUUUGAUAUGAGUUUCUCUGUUCUGCCAAAUGUUGCUGCUUCCUUGCAAGCAUUGUGGUCAGACAGAGGUGUUAGAUUGGCUGUUGCUAAAGGAUAUGAAUAUGAAUUAAAUGAUUCAGCAUUAUAUCUGUUUGAGAAUAUGGAGAGAAUCUGUGAUCCCAAAUAUGUACCUACCCCCACGGAUGUCCUGAGAGCCCGUGUGCGGACUCAAGGCAUCAUCGAAACCCAAUUUCGCAUCAAUGAAAUGAUCGUCAGUAUGUACGAUGUUGGCGGCCAGCGAUCACAGCGAAGGAAAUGGAUCUACUGCUUUGAUGAUGUGAAAGCUGUCUUGUUUGUUGUUUCCUUAAGUGGUUAUGAUAUGACUCUAUUGGAAGAUGCAAAUGUUAACAGGCUGGUGGAAAGCCUGAAUCUCUUCGGACAGAUAAUAAACAAUCCGUUUUUUAGAGACGCCUCCUUUGUACUGUUCAUGAAUAAGUAUGACUUGUUUCGUGACAAGAUUUUACAUUCCAAUCGCCAUUUACGAAUGUAUUUCCCCGAUUUUAAAGGUCCGGACCGCGAUGUAGAUCGAAGUGCGUUAUUCAUUCAGCACAGGUUCACAUUGCAAAACACGGACUCACGAAAAGUGCUCUACCCGCACUUCACCACCGCCACGGACACUGCCAACGUACAGGUCGUCUUCCAGUCGGUGAUGGAGAUGGUCGUGUCUGAUAAUCUAGGACACGUCACUCUGCUUUAAAUGCUGCUGUUGCCGGAUAAUAGCUUAAUACACUGCCAUUUAGUGAUAGGCUCGCCUAGUUAUAAGACAAUCAUGUAUCGGAAUUGAACUUGAUCUCGACCGUAAAGUUAGCGUUAUCAUAAUCGUCACUUGAAUGAUUGCUGUGUAAAUGGAAUUGUUGCAAUAAUUGAAGGCGCAGUCCAAGUUAGCCGCCGGUGUUUGCCGAGCACUUCGAUGGAUCUCACGUUGCUCGAAACCAAAUUUUUAGGAUCAUUGAGAUUGCGAACUAACGUUUCUGUGAUAGAAUGCGCCUUAUUUACAUUAACAUUUAGAGAUGAUGACAAGAAGUGAAGCAAACACGCAUAUUGAGCGCUUGAUUUGAGACUGUAUUUUGUUUCUCUAGAACGUAAUUACUGACUUUAAUAUUAUGACGUCUUCCAUUUUACCUUUUUCGAAUAAUUUUGAUGCGCAAAAACGUGAUUAAUGAUUCCUCCGGUGUUACACUAAUGAUUUCGUGUAAAAAUAAACGAAUAUUUGGAGUUUCCUAGAAAAAA